CGUAUCUGCAAGACACUUCCUCCCAGAAAAUCGAGGUUUGUAGGGCUGUGGUGGUGAUUAUCAUUCUUCAGUUUCCAAAAUGGCUCCAUCGAUCGAAUAUGACGAGAAUGAGCACCCAGACGUGUUUAGAGCUAACCUUAUCAAACGGAUUGAGAACAAGUUCCGGGCCUCCACUACUCAAAGCCCGUGUUGCGGGUCGAACGAGGAAAACCCUCGAUGCACGUUCGAUCAAGCGUUCGAUCAACUCCAUAUUACCGACAGCACGACUCAACUGCUCCGGAUUCUCCGACAGUACGACAAUAAAAAUCGCUCUCGAAACCCAUUCAAGGUGGAAUUUAGUAAAAUCGAAGCCCUGGUCCCCAUGACACAUUGCUUUCAUCACAGAGAGGUGGCGAUUGAGAAGCUUCGUUGCUGGGCUGGGCAGCCAAAACAGAAUGGGGAUGGGGAUGAUGGUGGCACUUCCGACACGUACGACGGCGAAUCAGACCAAUAUACUGAGCCCAUAGACCACUCUUCCUCUGAAAAUUCAAGCUCGAACGAGAGCAGGGAUGAUGGCGGCGAGGAAUUCGGGGUGGACGAUAGCAGCGAAGACGACGAGAAAAGAAUUUCAUUCAAAACUCCAGACCGUACACAACAGCCCCGAAGCGGCCGGGAAGGCAGCAGUAGCGCAAGUUCUCCAUCUCCUGGGUCUCAUGCCGAUCUUUCCGUCUUUUCUCCCACCUCCGAAGCAGACACGCCUUUGACACCUUUCACACCACCAAGUUCUGGGAAACUGAGAGAUCGCCAAUCAGUGGAUGUGUCGCCCUCUCCCGGGUCCUAUUUUAAUAAGAGAAAGAGUGUUGGCGUUGAAGAGAUAGAAAAGAGCCCUACUGAGGAUUCGCCAACCAACGAUGAUGUUUCUCGAAUCAAGGGUGGAGCAGCGCGCGUGCUGUUUCCUAAAACGCCUCCAGCUGUCUUUGGACCCCCAAAGACCAAAACCACCAAGUUUCAAAUAUGGUCAUUGAUUGAACAGGACUUGGUAGGCAAGCAAGUGAAGCCUGGAAUUGUCUACGUCCUUCAACUCAGGAGCCACGACAUGUUCAAAAUCGGCUACACCGAGAGCCGGGUGUAUGAACGAUAUCGGUCACAGUGCUGUUUGGACGUGUUGUUGGUCGCUGAAAGCGAGAGUCAUUUUGUUGGAGCCCACAGGGCAGAGCAAUUGGUCCAUGCAGAUCUAUUCGAGGACCGAAAAUACCUUGAAAAAUGCCCCGAUUGUGGCAAGGGACAUAUUGAGUGGUUCCAAUCCACGAUACGAGAGGUCACGGAUUCGGUGAAUCGAUGGACACGGUUCGUCGAGCAUCCCGACGCCUACGUGGACGGGAAACUCUCCGACAAGGCCAGGGCAUCGCUUUCGGAUAUGUGGAGUUCAGAAGCAAUCGUUCGCAAGCUGCAGGAUGACUGUGCAAAUGCCCGGCCCAAGAACCUGAAAUUUUACAAGGAGGGAGUACCACCGAGUGAGUUCAAGCUCGUUAGUACCAUACGCCCAGGCGCUUCUCUCCAAAACCGAAGUGGGCCCCUCCCAAGCGAGAUACAAGCAAUGAAUGAAGAAGACAAAUCACGGGAAGGGGUUGUAGAGUCAUUUGAGAUGCAAAAUCCAAGUCCGGAUAUGAGUCUUGAGUCCUCAGACAAAAGGGGGAAGUUCGAACCAGCUAGGGCAACCAAAGAUCAAGGAGUUCAGACCAUAGAGGCUUAUGGUGGAGAGUACGAUGUGUUUAGUUCUACGGUAUCAGAAAGCGAGAACGGAGCUGUGGUUGGAGAAGAGGAGGAUGAUAGUCUGACAGAUCAGUCUGUGGUUGGAGAAGAAGGGGACGACAGUCGAACGGAUGAUUCUGUGGUCGGGAAAGAAGAGGACAGCAGGCCGACAGACGACUCUGUGGUUGGGGAUGGUGAUAGGAUGACUGAGCAUGAAACGAGGGCCCCCGAAGCUGAAGAGCAAGUCGAGGAGCAAGUUCAGUAUAAAGUCGAUGAUGAGACUGAUGAAGGAGAAUCAAUCGAGGACGAAACAAGCCCAGAAACGAGAGAGAAAGAGAAAGAAAUGUCCUCCGAGGGAUACAACGCAGCCGCCCCGCAGCAGUUGUUGGUGAGGAUGGGAAAGGCAGAGUGUGACGAUGAAUUCGAGCGACGGAUUUGUUGGACCCUUUUCUUUAUGGAUUUUGUUGUCUGUUAUUUUAUUUUUAUCGUGUAAUAUCCUUUGCGGCUUUUCUUUUGAUUUGCCUGAAUAUGUACCUCCAUUGACUUUGGACUUGGUGAUGUGCACCGACGUAUCAAGGUACGGCCCGGCCCCGAGCUUACGUGGUUCGGGAUCAUGUCACUCGGCCGAAUGAAAGUAGAAAGUAGCGGAUAAAGUGUGGCAGUGACAGGCCAAUGUACUAGGUAUGUAGAGAAUCUGGG